CCAACAGACCUGGUUUGCUCUCGCACGGCGGAGGUCACUGCAAAAGCGAGUGGGUAGUUCGGCAUCUCUUGGCCACUUUUGAGACCAGGUCUCUUUGUAAGAGUAAAACAAACGUUCCUUCGCCAUUGUUGUUUCUAACAGCAGAGGAGUCGGACCUACACGACCCGUCUUCCGCUCUGGCUACACCGACCGAACUGUUUCUUUUUUCCGCGUGUUGCAAACGUAGUGAAUGCCCAGAGUAGCCAUAUGUUGCAUUGUUUCAACUCCGUGGAAAUCGCAGUAUGCGAUCCUGCAGCCACAUCGAGGAGUACAAGACCGCGAGAGCCAAUGCAACAUUGCAGGGCAUUGCCUCCAUAUUUCUCUAUCCUUACAACGAGAGAGCGAGAAAACUCAAAGAUGAUAGCCAGUGUAUGUUCUGUGAGUCGAGCAGUAACCUCCACGUGUGCCUCUCCUGUCAGUUCGUAGCAUGUAAGUGCAAUGAGCAUUUCUCGACAAGAAUGAAUGACCAGGAGCAUUUCCUCACGGUGAGCGUGGCCACUGGUAACCUGUACUGCCACAAGUGCCAGGCGAAUAUCUAUGACGGCGACGUCGACAACGCUUUUUGUUUGGCCGCAGUAAAUGCUGGAGUAAAGCGGAACAGGCGGUGGCUACCGGACGAAGGACAGGCAAAGCUCCUACGCCAGAGCAAAGCGAGUCUCGUCUACAUGGAUGAAAACUCGCCACUUGGACUGCGAGGUGUUCAAAAUUUGGGCAACUCGUGUUUCAUGAGCAGUGUCCUUCAGGCACUGGCACAUGCUCCCGUACUACGGGAGUAUUUCCUAUCUUGCAAGCCACAUUCCUGUAAGCAAACCAAAGAGGUCUGCCCGAUGCUGUGCUUUCAGGAGCUGUUUCAGGAGUUCUACAGCGGCAAGCCACAGCCCAUCGUGCCAUCGAAGCUACUGCACAUGAUGUGGCAGGAAGCAGCGGCACUGGCUGGUAACCAGCAGCAGGACGCGCACGAGUUCCUGAUAGCAUCCAUGACCCUACUGCACGACCACCUCUCGCCGUCACCGCCAGCACUAGCCAACGCCAGCAAGUGCUCCAGCAUCGUCGACUUGGUCUUCAAAGGGUUCGUGCAGUCCACCGUCACGUGCAACAAGUGCUCCAACGUGUCGCCGACGGUGGAGAUGUUCUGGGACCUGUCGCUGGAGCUGCCCUCACCAGUCGUCACCAAGGUGAAGUCGGCGGAGUCAACUGCUGCUCGCGCCGCCCUCACCACUAAGCCCGUCACGACCAAGUAUGCGCCGCACAAAAACAAGGGCCGCGGCAAAAAUCGACGCAAGAACGGCAAGUUUGCGCCGGCCAGCGCGACGGUCCUGGCACGAGAGAGGCCGACAACACUAACACCGGUGUGUACUAGCAAUGAUCAGUUACAGCAACAAGAUCAGCAGCAGCAGCAGCAAUCAGUGGCUGGCAGCAACGUGAUAAACGGCAGCACAUCACCAGCCGUUGGCUCUGCUAACGGUGUAAGCGGCAAGCAAGAUCAACAGCAGCCAGUACUAACACAGCAGCAGAUAAACAGUGCGUCUAGCCCGCCGCCCACGCCCACCAUGCAAGAGCCAACAACAACGACAGCGACGACGACAACAACGGCACUUACCUCGCCAACAUCCGGCAGCAGUCGAUUUAACGGCAGCAUGCGACCGACGUUGCCCAACCUCGGCAAACAGCUCCCUGCCUUGCCGUGUACGCCGAGUUCUGUUGCGCAUGCCGGCGGCGGUGGCAGUCGACCUACGCCGAUCAGCAGCGGUAGCGGACUUCCCAGCCUGACCAUGGCGUCACCUCCGCAUUCCCCGCCGCUGCUUUCUCCAACAUUGACCCUGCCUGCACUCAGCAAUGGAGGCAAAGGCGCCAGCUGUCCGCAGUCAUUGGUAGAUUGCCUGAAGCGCUACACUAGAAAAGAGCAGCUCGGGAGCGAGGCGAAAAUCUUCUGCGAGAUGUGCAACACGUCGCAGGAGUGCUCCAAGCAGCUGCGUAUGUACGAGACUCCGCCGGUCAUCUGCUUUCACUUGAAGCGCUUUGAGCAGCUGCAGCUGAAAAAGCGGCAGAAAAAGAUUUCGACGUUCGUGGAGUUUCCCGAGACCCUGGACGUGAGCGAGUUCAUGGCCGAGCGGGAAAACUCAGACAGUCGGACGAAGCACCCACUGUGGAAUACGUACUCUCUGUUUGCUGUGGUCGUUCACAAAGGCCAGCUGUCGCAAGGCCACUAUACGUGUUUUGUCCGUCAGAAAAAGAACGAAUGGUACCGGUGUGAUGAUUCGGCUGUGACGCGUGCGUCUGUGAAUGAAGUCCUCAACAGUGAGAGCUACCUGCUACUGUAUCAUCGGGUUAUUCAACUCGGAGUGCCAGCUACCGCAGCAGAGUCACGUGAAGGCUGCUGCUGAUGUGCAACAUUCCUUUUCUGCUUCUCUUGCGUGUGUGUUGUGUGUGCGUGUGGGUGGUGUUGUGUGCGUGUGUUGUGUAUGUGUGUGCGUGUGGCUGUGUUUUUCGCAUGGACCACUAUAUUUCCAGGUGCUGGUCAUCUGCACAUCUUUUUUUCUCGUCCGCUACCUUGGCUUCAUUUGAACUCUAUCUUGCUGCUAUUGCCGCCGUUGCUACUACAUGUCAAUCGUUGUCUUAGUCCUGGCUGCUUUUCCAAAGACAUUUAUGGUGCUUUUUUAAAAAACCUCUCUUAGACUUUUAGUAUGCAGCUCAUAUGUCUUCUCUACUCCCUUGCUUUUCCCAGCCCGCUCAACUCGAUCUGGCUUACUGUUGUGUACGGGAGCGCUGCUCCCUUGCCUUUGGAGAUGUCGCUCAGCGUGCGAAUGACAAGACGCGUGCAGCUCUCGCCUGUCAGCACCUGUGCAAGACAAGACGCGGCAGCAGCAGCAGCAACAUUCACACGGAAGUUACAAUAGUUGUCGCCGUCAUAUUCUGUCCAGUUUCUUUUCUCUCUUUUUUUCAGUCUUCCUGAAAGCCAGUUUUCCCUCCUUUGGCAACAUCAACAUGAUGUCACUGAAACGUUUUAAAAAGUUCUCCUCAAUUAAUAUUCAGUCCAGGUGCUAUCAAUCCUUUUCACGCAGCAGCUAACGCCGUUCUUCAUCAAUCAAACAAAUCUCUCCGCGCAUACAAACAUAGGUUUUUUUCCCAUUCGCUGGUUACUCAUUAGCAACUGUGAGUUUCGUUCAUUGCCUCUGGCACGGUGCAUCACUGCAGCAGCUGCCGCUUGCAUUCACUUUUCCGUCUCAUGUGCAUGCUUUAUUUGGCCUGUUCCGCUCUGGUUCUUUCUUUUUUACCAUGUUGACACAGUUCGUGUCUCGUUUUGAUU